AUGGCGAUGCUUAAGCCGGGCUGUUGCACUCGGGUGGUAGAACGUGUCGGGGCCAGGAGGAAGCUGGGACUUGCAUGCCUUCCGGCUGAUCACCAGCAAAACUAUGAUCAUAUAUCGGAAAAAUCUGCGCACCAGUCUGCUGAUGCCAAUGACUUUGUGCGCGAGGCCGGAGCUCCACGCAUGUCAGAUGCUUUCCGGGAGACGGUAAAGUCACUCGGAGCCUUUAGUGACAUCACGCUCAGCGAGUUUCAGAUGAAGCUGCUGAAGCAGGUAACAGCGGUCUUAGCCGACGCCAUGAUGCCGCCUGGGGCACCUCCCUCACUGCGGCUGCUGGUACGGCGCGCGCUGCGUGCCGCCGUACUUCUGACACAUACAGCUACGUUCUUCAUCCGGAUCUGGGCGGUGGUGGGCGCUGUGGCACAUUCGAAUCCGGUUCCAGGGGGCCUGGCAACCGAAGCCGAGUUGGCGUCCACAGUUUUUCUCCUCUUCUUCUCGGCGGCCGGCGUCCCCGCGUCAUCGCUGUUGCUCCGCGCCCUCGCCGCCACCACCGCCCUGCUAGCCGACGGGCGCGGCUUGGGCGCCGCUGCUGACGGCUUGUCACGAAUGGAUUCCCAGCACCUGGACCUUGUAGCGAGCGCCGAGGAGGCUUAG